AAUAACAAGCAGUUGAAAUUUCGGCACUGAACUCUCCUAAUUGUUGUAUUAACUUUUUUCGCCAUCUCUUUAUUCCCAAAAUUACAAGGCAAAUCACUCGAGAGAUUGGAGAACCAUGCACGUCCCGGUUGGUUUUGCGGCGAAAUUGUGGAGUUUCCUCUCGUUUUUGCCCUUCUUCUUCUUGCUCUUGAUCCUUGGCGUUCUUAAAGCGGCAAUUGUUUGUCCACUUGUGGUGGCAAUUAUUGUGGUGGGAAAUUCGUCUGUUAUAAUAGGUCUUUGGCCUGCACACUUUGUUUGGAGCUACUACUGUGUGGUAAGGACCAAGAACGUGGGACUGGUUCUGAAGAUAGUGGUGCUGCUGUUGUUGCCAGUGCCUCUGAUCCUUUGGCCAAUUAUGGGCAUUGUUGGAACAAAAAGCUCUUUGAUAGUUGGCAUGUAUUAUUCUAAGUUUCUGCAUAAAGAUGGUUGUUGGUCAACCCUUGGAGGAAGCUGCACUGUGGUGCAGGAUUUGACUGAUUUUUGCUUCCACUCAUACUUCUCCUUUAUGGAUGAGCUAAUUGAGAUAAUGCCUUUGGAAGAAAAGCCUACAGAAAUAAAGUUGUCAAAAUUGCCAAGUUGCUUUUUGGUGAGCCUGAUUGGUGUCCCAGUAGAUGUUCUUUUGAUUACUGCUGUUGCUCUGUGGAAAAGCCCAUACAUGUUGUUCAGAGGAUGGAAGAGGCUUUUAGAAGACUUGAUUGGCAGAGAAGGACCAUUUUUGGAGACAGUCUGUGUUCCCUUUGCUGGUCUUGCCAUCCUUCUGUGGCCUAUGGCUGUUGUGGGAGCUGUAAUAGGUGCUAUCUUUUCCAGCGUUUUUAUAGGGCUUUAUGGUGGAGUUAUUGUUCACCAGGAAGACUCUUUUUUGAUGGGCCUUGCGUAUAUUAUUUCUGUGGUUUCACUAUUUGAUGAAUAUGUAAAUGAUUUACUCUACUUAAGGGAAGGAAGCUGUCUGCCCAGGCCUAGAUAUAGAAGAAAUCGGAGCCCUGACCUUGAGAGAAAAAACUCCAGGGACAACGAGAACUAUAGUUGGAAGAAUAGAAGGGAAGGCUCAUUUAAUUCGAAGCUUUUCUCAGAUCCAUCAAGAACAUGGAAGUGGAAAGUCAAUCAAUAUAAACCAAUGCAGGUUUGGGAGUGGCUAUUUAAAUCUUGUGAGGUGAAUGGUAGGAUAAUGCUUCGUGAUGGCCUGAUAAAUGUAAAGGAUAUUGAGGAAUACCUUUUGAAGGGUCAUUCUAAGAUACUGAGCAUCAAACUACCCACUUGGACCAUAUUACAGUGUCUCCUAUCAUCAGCAAAGUCCAACUCCUCUGGCUUUAUUAUCUAUGAUGACGUGGAAUUAACAAGUAUCGAUGGGCCAAGGGAUAAAGUUUUAGAGUGGUUUAUUGGCCCUCUACUGAUCAUAAAAGAGCAAAUAAAGAAACUCCAAGUAACAGAAAGUGAAGAACUCUGUCUCAGAAAACUGGUUUUCAGCUGCAAAAAUGACAGGCCUGAAGAUUGGGAUGAAGUGGGAUUUCCAUCAAGUGAUCCUCUGAGAAGAGCGCAGCUGCAAGCCAUAAUAAGAAGACUUCAGGGAAUUGUAGCAUCCAUGUCCAGGAUACCUACCUUUCCUCGUCACUUGAGGAACCUAGUGAAGGUGUUGUACAUAGAGGCAAUUCAAGCAAGUGCUUCUGGUAACCGUUUUGGUGGAAAAUUUAAAUCGCCUUUUAGUGGCUUGAGUUUGUCUAGAAGUGGGGAUCAAAGGAAGUAUAUAGAUGGAACAUUUAAGGAUUCAGAGGAUAAGGGAAAUGAAAAUACUGUAGAUAUAGUAUGAACUUGGUCUUGGUGAAGUUAUUUGUUCCAGGAUGCAGUCUAUGAUUUCAGUACAGGCAGGAGGGAGGAGGGUGAGAUCUAUAUUAUGUUCUUGGAAAAUGAUUGACCACGGAUAUUACAUCAGAGGGAGAGCAUCAACCUUUCAUUUUGCCACUUGCCAUAUUGGGGAGAAGAUUGUCCGUGAAGGUCCAACUAGUUAUUAGCUGAAGUCCAAAGUGCUGCUUGAAAAUGUGAAAAUAGAUGUAAAAGCUUGCCUGGGUUGAUAGGUAAUCCAGAUUUGUGUAUGCUAUGGGAUAUUCCACCUUUCCUCCUAAUAAGUACUCCAAUGGUUUUGUGCGGAUGAGCAUCCUGAAUUCCGACCGCAUAAAAGCUUCUAAUAAUUUUAUGGUUGCGGCAGAUGUAACCUAUGCAUUUUCUUUACAUAUAGAAGAUUUAACAAAGAAAAGACUAGAUCAAGUAUUGAUCUAUUAAGGAA